AUGGAGAAACUCGGUGGAAAUAUUUCCUGUGAGUUUCGCUUCUGUCUUCUUUCCUGUUGUUGUAUGCCAUUCUGCAACCUUACCAGCAAAAAACGUUCCAAUCCACCCCUAGACUUCAUAUGCUUUUCUCAUCAGAGAUGCUCCAUGUGUCAGUGGAAAAAGGGUUUGCCUGACUCAAAGUUAGUCAGGCUCCUUUGUGGGAAGGUAGUGUGCUCUGCGGCAGACAGAUGUAAAAACUACCGAGGAUGAUCGCCUUGGGUUUCUUGACCACAUUGAUGGGUAAAGCAAGGUAUAAAUUUGGUAUCCGCCAGACAGGAUGAGUAUAUACAGCGAGUGACUAAUCUCAUGAAAUGUUGGCCAAAAUUCUGGAAUGCGUUUUCGAUUAGGAUGGAUUCCAUAGGUGGGAGUGUAAUAUUGAUUAUCAUGCGGCAUAAUUCCAUGAUAUUUCGAACUCGCCAGGAUGUCGGCUUUUGAAUGCACUUCUUUUCGAGCUUCUGUAGCAAUCGCACUCGGUAAAAAAAUGACUGCGUAAGUGGCAUGCAUUUUUCACAUUGAUUUUCGAUGGUCUUAUAAAUUUAGAUAUAGUUUAUAGAAAACAUGCACGAAAAUUUGCUUUCUCUCACUCGUUAGGUAGGGAAGCACAUUGUCUUCGCAUUUUUUACCCGAAGAAAAGGCAUACUUAGGUUUUGAAAAAUUUCCCCAGUCCCCGGAUGGUUUUGGGCAUGACCAUAUGUUGCGUUAGCGUUUGGUGAUUUCAGUCUACAGAGUGCAUACUUUCCGCGCUAGAAAAAUAAUAUAUUCCUCCAUACCUUUAAGAAGAUACCAUAUAAAGUUCACAAAAUUUUACAAUGGAUGUGGGCUAUUUUGUACAUUUAACGAGCAGAAUUGGUAAAUGGACAGGUACGAUGCUGUAUGAAUGGACAUCGCACGGUCUUAAAAAUUUCACAAUUAGAAAUUUUUUCAAAACCUAAAGAUGCCCUUUCUUUGGGUAUAAAAUGUGAAAACAGCGUGAUUCUCUACCAGAAGAUCGAAAAUAAGGACUCUCAAAAGCCGACACCCUAGCGAGUCCGAAAUAUCAUAGAAUUAUGCCGUACGACAACCAAUAGUACAACCCCACCUAUGUAAUCCAUCCUAAUCGAAAACGCAUUUCAGAAUUUCGGCCAACCUUCCAUGAGAUUAGUCAGUCACUGUAUGCACUCAUGCUGUCCAACGGAUACCAAAUUUAUACCUUGCUUUAUCCUUCAAUGUGAUCAAGAAACCCGAGGCGAUCAUCCGCCGUAGCUUUUACAUCUGUCUGCUGCAGAGCACACUACAUUCUUACAUCACUUGCCUCGCAGCGUUAUCAGCUCUAAUACCUAGAGAACAGCUUGCUAUCAGCCCAGAGUCUUCCGCUGUUACAUGCUGAAGAACCCAGUGUAUGAGGUAGUGAAGCGGAGCCGGUUGGGGACACAGCUCUGACCGACGCAGCAGUUGAUAUCAGAGAACUCACUCUCCUCAUCAUUAACACAAAGUCUGGUAGCUUUGAUGACAUACCAUCAUGUGGGAAAAUGGCUGAUCACCAGUCUCUGCUUUCGAAGUUCGGUUCAGAAGACAUUUUGGACAACCAGCACGUAUCCUUAAAACUCCUGCUGUCUGAACUGACGCAACUGCGAUAGCAGACAGGUGAGAAGUAGACAAUGCAGCUUAAGUCGGACCCGAAGAGGAUUUUGGUUUUGUCAGUCUUUUUCGCUCGGGAGUGACGCGCACAGACUGCUGGAACCCUAGCCAGCUAGACUAGAAAUGCUGAUGACUGAAAUACCUUCAAGUGAAUACUCUGACUUAGAAUUUGUCUAUCCGAAGGAGCUGCACAGACUACAUAAUGCUCCAAUGUGCCCAGCGGGGAAAGUGGGACCCCUUCGAUGUACGAGCUGGACAGCUGUUGAGCACGGUCCUGUAUUUCAGUAACCAGUCUAGACCACCUGCCUCCAACGGGUCUCUGCGUUUAAUUCAACUUGUUGUAGUACUUACACGCCGCCUGCAACAACCUAAAGCAAAGACUUGGCUGCUUAUCAGCAAAGAUGGGGAUGUAGACAUUGAAAGGAUGAAAGAAUAUUUAGUUUGAAAGGGGAGAGGAGAUCACUGGGACAACUUUAUUACAUUCAGACAGCUGGGUUUGUUGUCCACUGUAUUGCGCAGCAACUGAACCACCGCCUCCUCCUCGGAGACGAGAACGCGCACAGUGGUUUGACGAGAAGACAAACCGAGGUCGGCCGGAGAAGAGCCGACAACCGACAAUGAAAUCAUGCCACAUUGGCAAACAAUCACGGCCUCUCUCAUACUAAACAGAUGGUGAACAAAAUGGGUCAAAAUGAAUUAUUCAAAAUCUGCCAAAACACCUAUUAAUUAUAUUUCAUGGGAAAAAUGCACAAAAAUACUCAUUCUUUUGCUCCUUCAGUAGAAAAUUACGUCUUUUUUCAAUUUUACUCCCGCAUGAAGGGUAUCAUUCGGUUUUAAAAAAAGUUUCUAAUUGUGAGAUUUUUUACUACCGUGAAGCGGCCGUUCAUAAAACGUCAUGUCUCUGCAUUUACCCAUGUGGCUUGUAAAAUUAACAUGCGGCUCAAAUCCAUUGCCUAAUUUUAUGAACCUUAUAUGGUCCCCCUUUAUUACCUUAGAGGAAUGUAUGGUUUUCCGCAUGCGGAAAUUAUACGGCUUGUAGUUGCGGAGCCCUGAAUGCAAGUGUAACGGCAGGUUGGGUUCAAAAUUAUUCGGGAAUUGGAAAAGUUUUAUGAAACCAAAUCAUACCCUUCUUUCGAGUGUAAAAUGAAAAGCGGACGUAAUUUUCUACUGAAUGAGCAAAGGAAUGAAUAUUUUUAUGCAUGUUCUCCAUGAAAUAUAAUUGAAUCUUUAAGGGCAUCGAAAAUUAAUGAAAAGAUGCAUGCUUCUUAAGUAAUCACUUUUUACAGCGUGUAGUGUUUCAUGCAACCGGAAGGAAGUUCUUUCGAAAGCCGACAUCCCGAGGUAACUGAAAUAUUAUAGAAUUAUAUUACAGGCUGACUAGUUUUACAACCCUACUUAAGUAAUCUUUUCAAAACCGAAACGCAUUUCGGAAUUUCUGUUGACAUUUCAUGAGUUAGCCCACCUACUGUACAUAGGCUGCACGAUAUGCCGUUGGGUCAAAAUGAAAUGGUGAACAAACAGGGCAACCAUAACGACAAAAGAUCGCCAGCGACGGAGCUUACAAACUCGGAGCAUCCUGUGGAGCUCAGUUCGAUUUUUGUACGGCAGAGGUUUUUUGGCGUUGGACGCCUAUCAGCUAAUAAUAUUCUAGUGGUUUCUGUCCCACCGCUCGGAUUAUCAUCCCGACAGUCUUGCUAUCAUUCACUUAAAUGUCGCAUUAACAGUGGAAUGCGCAAAAUAGAGCCGUCAUCUGGUGACAGGGUUUCUGCUUUGCGGUACUACUGACCGAUCAGUUCAUCCAUCAACCAUGUGAACCGUGUCUGUGCCAGUUUUCUUCCGCAUCACUGUGUUAUUCGAAGUAUUCCUGGUCGGCGAAGGCACCAGCAAACCUGAAACGGCUGCGGUCUUUGUCUCCCCGAUCUUCUUCGAAGUGCAUAGUCGGAAGUGGAGAUUGUCUUUAUUCACUGUACCUCUCUUUUCUGUUAGCCCCGGAGUACAGUAACUUCCAAAGGGACAUGAUAACAGAAGCCAUGACAGACCAGGAUACCCACGUGAGGCCAUACUUCUGCAGCGUUUGCAAUGUGGUCUGCUCGGGUUUUGCCUGUUACCAACAGCACCUUGAGGGUACAAGACACCGUCGCAACGAAGCCCCUUCAUCUCGCAAGUUGCCUUUGAGUUCUGCCUCUAUCUUCUAACAGUUGCGCCCCUUUGUCUUCACACAAAGGCCUUUUCUUUGUUCUAGGCGAGAUAAUGUGUGCAAUCUGCAAUAUCUCAGUAAACUCGGAGGAGCAGCUGAGUUUUCACCAGCACGGCACCAAACACCAGCGAAGAGCUGCCCGCCAGCCGCCGCCGCCCCCUCCUCCUCCGCCACCGCCGUUGUCGUCGUCGUCAACUAACCAAACCUCCACCGUCUUUAGGCACAGCCAGUUGCUCGGCUCCUCCAGCUGGUACCACAGUCCUCCCUCAAACGCCACUCUCCCCGGCACCAACACCAACAACCAUGCCAGCAGCAGUCUCACCAAUGACGCUGGUAGCAGCUUCCUAAAUUCGGUGGACCAUCAGGCACCCUACACUCUUUCCACCCACUCCUCCCUGCCAGACCUUAUCUCCCUCCUACCUAGUGUCAUGGACGACCUCAGCUCAGCGGCGGCGGCGGCGACGUCAGUUUGCGAGGGCAGUCGCUCCGUAGAGUCCGCCUCUGUGUCCACUCCUUGUUUCCUGACGUCUUCUGUGACUUCGCAUGGAACCACCACCUCGUUGCAGACUGCCCUACAGUCUCUUCUGCAGGAGACCCUCCAGGAAAUAGAUCGACUAGAGCAGCAGCUAGCUCGCAAUCUCGCGCGAUAUCGCAACUCCGCACUUCUUCACAGGCCGCUGCUGGCAGCUAGUAGGAGACGAGCCAGGAGAACGCUGGCUUCCGGCGAGACGGCAGCCACAAGAUUUUCCUCUUUCCGCCUCAGUGCUCUGUAUCCCUGCGGCAGCAGCAGUCUCAUUCGUAAAGCAACGACAUCACGGUCAGCGGUGACGAGUGAUUUAGAAGUUCCACCCAUCGAUGUGGAGUUUUGUCGGCAUACGAUAUGCAUCAGCCUCCGAGCGCUGUUGGUAUGUUGCUGUUCGUGUUCAUAUAUCCAUUCUCCAUCUCUCUCCCACCCCACCCAUCCGCACCUGUCAACGCGGGAGUUGCCUUGGACCAACAGGGGGUUCAGCAGGGGUUCUUGGGCUGUGUGUCCGUGGCAGAUGCCGUACGUGUGGGGAGGGUGUAUUGGCGCGCCUAGGUGCAAGCUCACGCCUCGCUAGCCACCUGCGCCCCAUCUCUCCUCCGGCCUUCUUGACUGUCUUGACACCGGUCUGAGGAGGGAGGGAGUGCAGUAUAUGCGGCGUCAGCGACCGUCCCUGCGGCCACCUUGAUGUGGGGUACACAGUAGACAUCGUCGGAAACGACGAUCGACCUGUCGUAUCGCCUAUUUCCUCUCCUCCCCUUUGCUGUUGCAUUUCGUCCUCAUUUAAUAACUUCGUUUGUCCAACCCGGCUCAAUUACAGCGUUGUAUUCUUGAGGGGGAAAGGAAGCGGUAUUUUGUUAAUCGUAAUCGGCGAUUACUAUCUCCAUCAGACUGAUCUGUUUGAGCUAUUUCGGUCGAUUUCUCCGUAAGACUUGGCUAUUUUUAGAUGAAUGAGGCACGUCGGUGUUGGGGGUGAGUGAGUGGCAAAGACGAAUUCCACAGUACUGGCCUCUCUAGCUUCCCAAUCUCAUGGAGUCCCAAUGACAGGACUGGAUAUAAGAUAAGGCCCAAUGGCCUGACAUACAGUACGUUGUCUAACUCGUGAAAUGUCAACCGAAAUUCCGAAAUGCGUUUUCGUUUCGAAAAGAUUAAUUGAGUAGGGUUGUAAAACCAAUCUGUCUGCAGUAUAAUUCUAUACUAGUUCAGUUACCUCAGGAUGUUGGCUUUCGAUCUAACCUCCUUCCGGCUGCAUGCAAAAACCUAUACUCUGUAAAAAUGACUACUUGAGCAGUAUGCAUUUUUCUCAUUGAUUUUCGAUGCCCCUAAAUGUCCAAUUAUAUUUCAUGGAAAACGUGAAUAAAAUAUUCAUUCUUUUGCUCAUUCAGUAGAAAAUUACGUCUUCUUUCAAUUUUAUACUCAAAGGAAAGGUACUAUUCGGUUUUCAAAAACUUUUCUAAUUGCCUAAUAAUUUUGAACCCGCUCUACGUCAUACUUGCAUUCAGGGUUUCGAGACUACAAGCCAUGUGCUUUUCGCUUACGGAGAACCGCAUAUUUAUCUACGGUAUUGAGAGGAGACUAUAUGGGGUUCAUAAAAUUUGACAUUGGAUUUGAUCCAUAUUGUUAACUUUACAAGCCAAAUUUGUAAAUGCAGAGAAAUAGCGUUUUAUGAACGGCCAUUUCACGGUAUUUAAGUCUCACUAUUAGAAACUUUUUUAAACGGAAUUAUGUCCUUCCUUCGGGUAUAAAAUUGGAAGAAGACGUAGUUUUCUACCGAAUAAAUAAAAGAGUUAGUAUUUUUAUUGCAUUUUUCAUGAAAUAAAAUUGGACUUUUAGGGGCAUCGAAAAUCAGCAAGAAAAAUUCAUACUGCUUAAGUAGUUAUUUUUUACAGAGUGUAGUUUUUGCAUUUAGCCGGAAAGAAGUUCAUUCAAAAGCCAGCAUCCUGAGGAAACUGAAAUAUUGUAGAAUUAUGUUGCAGGCUGACUAGUUUUACAACCCUAUUUAGUUAAUCUUUUCGAAAAGAAAACGCAUUUCGGAAUUUUGGUUGACAUUUCAUGAGUUAGCCCACCUACUGUAAAAUUUUCUUCCUGUGCCGCAUCAUGAGUUGUUCAUUCGGUAACUGAGACGGCCUUCACACUAAUUCAACAGUUUUGGGCAGAUGCCUGCCACUCCUAGUUGGUUUCGUCCGCCACUCGGAAGCCGUCACUGAGGCGCGGCCUCUGCAACAAACACAAAUUUGUGAAGAGUAGAGGCAUUCUCUCUUGCAGCCAGACCCACCCCUCCUUGGGCACAUCGUCGGUCACGACAGCUCGACCGUUGUGACCGACGAUAUCCUCCGCGUGCUCCACAGUGCAGGGUGAUAGCAGGAGUGGUGACUUGCUCGCGAAUUAGUUCGUAGUAAUAGUGGACUUGCACAGUAUUUACCGAACUCUCCUCCUCUCCCACCUAAGCCCGGCGUCAUGACAGAGCCAAGAAGACUGGAGGCGGGAGAGGACGCGGGUGACUGGUACGCCGAGAAUCCUCACCUAGGCGUACCGCCACAGCCCCUGGUCAACAAAAACCACUUGAUCAGGAUUUCCGUUGGAGGCGGCACGUCGUGGGCCUGCACCUGGGCUUGCCACCCUCCCCCCCCGAAUGUUGGCAUCUGUUAUGUGUGCGCAUUCCAAAUAACGCCUGCCGGACCCCGGUCUAGUCACCCCCCAUGUUGGUCCAGUUCAUUUACCACGUGGCGCGUUUUAGGGGCAGGUGAUAGAUACACCACUACAACCUCAUACCAUCCGGGCCUUAAUGUUUACUGGGUGGUAGCCUUGACGUGUAGAGGUCACUAUGAAGGACACUCCGAGUAUUCCUAGCGGAGGCUGUAUGUUGGGUACGUGACGAAAUUGACGUAAUCCUGCAAGUGUAUAUGCAUAACCAUGCUCACAGUUCCGCUAUGGUUGUGUCGUGGAGCGCGUUUUGUCAAGACUUAAAAAGCAAGAAACCAAUCACAAGAGAAAGUACACUUUAAGCGACGAGGCGUUGUGCAUCCUCUCUUGAAAAUGGUAAAGAAUAGUUUAUUUAUUUGCACCACCGGCCGACCCUCAGAGAUAUUCAAAAAAACAACAUGACAGAGACCGUCUGAGGAGGUAAACUGACCAACCAGCCAUACUGAUCACCAGCAGCAAUUAACCACGCGAAUGUCGGCCAUCAAACAGUCAACACACCAAGUGCAACAAUCCCUGCUGAAGGGGGGAGUCGUGAAUUUUCAGAGGUAUGCAGUAGCCUGGCGACUGCAUUCUAUAAAUGCUGCAGCCCCUUGUGCACGAACCACCCGUAUCUGCUAUUGUCUCUUGUGAUGAGUUCUAACAGGAAUCCGAAACGUCAGGCGAAUAAAGCUCGUCUCAGCGAUCCUGUCUUCUUCAUAUCGAUGACCCUAUCGACCUUGGUGCAGCCUCGAGUCGUAGGGUUGAGCUGGGUACGUCAGCCCGGUAGGUGGGGGGAGAGUUGGAUGCGCCGGGUUCGCCACUUGUUUAGGUAGGAUGGUCGACAACGUGAAGGUUCCGAAAUCAGAAGGUGGGGAAGACAGUUAGGUGGACAAUCUUUGAUACGCGGCAUCGCAAGCGGUGGCAGCCAGCAUCCUCAGCAGGGAAAUAUCAGUCGAUGUGCAUACGCCCGAACUUCGCCCGGCCGCGGCCAAUCGGUGGAGAGCGAAAUACUCAUCAGUGCCACGGCACCGCCAGCUGGAGGUUAAGUCAUGCGUUUCAGGCGGACCGCAAGCUGCACUGAUAAGUGAUAGCGUGGUUGACCGUAAGAGGGGGCAGCUACACGCCCACCUGCAAUUUGAUUCCACCACCCCCAUCAUCUCUCGUGCUUGAUCGUCGAACUGGCAGCAAAGCUGGUAGGAUCAUUUUCAGAGACUGUGAACAACAGCCGGAAGUGCCUGUUCUGCCUCCUGAACGGGAGUUUGAUGACCGUGUAACGGGGUCUUCAGCUACUUGAUACCUGUGGUUAUGGAGGGGGGCGCUCAGCGUACAAAUGGCGGAUUUGGUGACCAGGCAGAGAGCUCAGGCCGAUAAACUACUUCUUUUGAUGAUUGAAUGAGAGAAAGACCACCCCGCUUGGCAGAGUUGUAUUCAUUAACGCCAACAGGUUUUGCAAUGGCUUCCAGAUUGCUGUCUGCGGGCGAAAAAGAGCAUGUGGAAACACCUGGUGUUUGGCGUCUCAUCAGAAGGGGAAAGUAAGUCGUCUAGACAGCACAAUCCAGCCAACUUGAGAAGACAUGCGCAUGGACGAGGAAAGGGCACAAAGAGGGCAUUUAAACGCGUAAGGUUUGCAGUAAGGGGCGCGAUCUGGCAUACUGAAAAAUUUCAGUAAUUGUGCCAGUUUUACGGCACGACCCGGCCGUUCGCACAUUCAUGCUUAACUUUUGCGAACUUCUGCCGACAGUUCUUCCGACCAAUUACUUGAGGUCACUUAGCAUUUCGGAUGCCGUCGCAAACCCCCUUAUUGUUGUUCUUACAGUCGUCAAUAAGCACUACCUUUCUCGGGUCAGUGUGCUCAUUCGUUGCUAAAAGGCCAGUCUAGUUGACUUCUCUGACACUGCUAACCUGACAUAGGUGUGCCGAUUGACCAACUACACUCGUCGUGGAUUGACGCUCGCAAUAUUUUCCACGACGUUCACGCUCACAAGGGUGUCCGUCUCUUUCAGUUACUUUCUUCUAAAAUGCUACUUUUUCACGGACAGUAGCAAUUAUUGUUACGCCUUUUGAUAGGCGUCGUCAGGGUGAAGUGGGUCAUUAUGUUUGUCCAAAUCUUUGCACCCGUACAGGAGUCCAUAAUCCUUGCAGUCUCUCACCACGCGUCAUUCACGGUUCGCAUUCCUGUCUAAAACCGGGAUUGUGCCGUAUGACGGGCAGAGCGCAACGACUCGUCACAGGAUUACAGGGUUGUGCUAUCAGAAGUCCAGGUCUUACGCGGCUCACCUUUGUUAGUCCGCGGACACUGUGAGCACCAACUUGGCAUCACAAGUUUAUUCGCCUCUACGGGUGAACUCAGCCUUCUUGGGGUUUCGACUUUUUACUUAAGGGAACAUGAGGUUACUCACCCGCGGCCAAUCGAUCCUUUAUCUGCCUAUUUCAUACUUACAGUUGUGGACCCUCAGCAGAAACCCAUUGCUCAGACUGGCACUUGCUUGUUGCGCGAUCAAAGCGCGCGUAAAAAGGAUUUGAGAACUCCUUUUGCAGCUAUGACGCUGGGGGGUAAUCAUGUGGGCGUCAGCUCCGUACAAAAUGUUUUUAAAACAUCGGUUUUACCAAAGUGUGUGUCUGCCAAGUCUCGCGCGGUCCCACCACCGGAUCGACGGGCAGCAUGACAAGGCGGGAGCAGACUGCCGACCUAGACCAAUCGGAACGGCUCGUUUGUGAUCACGUGUGCGUGAUUCCAGCUCUCUCGUACGGUGUGUAGUUGCAUGAGAUAUGGCGCACUACUCUAGUUUUCUCACCGGGAUUUAAUUGGGGGUUCUUGGUCGUCAUGACGCAUCUCCGCAAAGUAGCCAGUGUGCAGUCCCAACACCUAGUUCCGCGGCGAUUUACCCGGUCGCCUCUGGAGCAUUAUUAACGUAUCAGAAGACGAAGAUUCGAUCAAUGGAACAAGAAAUUUAUUGGCCGGACGUUUCGGAUUCUCACUCGAACCCAGCAUCAGAGACAGUCGCAGAUAAGGCUAAUGGUGGCACAAGGAGUGCAGUAUUUAUAGCACGCGGCUGCCGUGGGACCAUAUGCACACUGUAACUAACAGCUCCCGCAAUCACCGCUGUGGUCAUAAUUGAUGCGAUAGCGGCAUGUCAGUCCGCGUCCGAGUCGUUAAUUGCCGCGAUUUUGCCAUCCGUGUUGGAUGCUGGUGUGACGACUGCCCGGCAUAUUGGCCUCCCACGUGACUGAUUCCCCUGCCCACGGAGAAUCUCAGCACGGAAUACGGUAACGGGAGGUCAUUGCGCAUGUUAAUGGAUUGCGGGCCUGAGAGCAAUGACUCGAGCAGCUCGCAGCUCACGCGGUUGUCACCCCUUGCGAGGAUUUUGGCCUCUUUAAAUUUGAAAAUAUGGUCGGGUCCCGUCGAAUGAGCUGCCACUUGAGAGCUAACGUCUCCCCGUCUCAGUGCUGCUGCGUGCUCGACAAUUCGCGUACGGAGUAAUCUCCCAGUUUCUCCGAAGGAGUUGCUUUGUCUGCAAUCGCACCAGAUCCGGUAAAUGACUCCUGACGUUUCCUGCCGUGGCAGUGAGUCUUUCGGCCUCAUGACUUGGCGCCUGAUGGUUGCUUCCGGCCGGUGUGCAACCCCAACUCCAAGUGGAGUGAGAAGACGACUGACGGCUUCCGAGACGUUCUUCGCGUACGGAAGAGCCCGCCAAAAUCUGUGGCCAGUUGGUUUUGAUCUCUGGUGUCGUUUUCGUAUGCACCGGUUGACAAAGUUGCGCGGGUAACCACUGGCUCAUUAUCCGUCGAAGAUAUUGUAAUUCAGCAACCUUGCCUUCCAUUUCACUGCAGUGUGUCUCAAUGCGCCGGUAUAGCGCCCUUACGCAACUGCAUUUGUGAAUAAUGGAGUGGUUAAUGCUGAAGUUCAGUAUGGGCGAUAAACACAGAUUUCUUGUUCUAGUGAUCGCAUCAUCGUCUUCUAAAAUGCUUUCUGGGACUCGCCUGUUCGCUUCUAUCAGCAUUCUUAACGUGCAUGAAAUAUCAACUGAAAUGUCGACCGAAAUUCCAAAAUGCGUUUUCGUUUCCAAAAUAUUAAUUAAGUAGGAUUGUAAAACCAAUCAUCAUGUAGCGUAACUGCAAUAACUUAGUUAGCCCAGGAUACCGGCUUCCGAAGGAACUUCUUUCCGACUGCAUGCAAAAAUUACACUCAGCAAAAAUGACUACUUAAGUAGCAUGCACUUUCCUCGUUGGUUUUGUAUGCCCUUAUAAAUUCAAAUAUAUUUCAUGGAAAGCAUGCAUUAACAUUUUCAUUCUUUUAUUCAUUCGGUAUAAAGUUAUGUCUUCUUCCAGUUUUAUACUCAAAGGAAGGGUAUAAUUCGGUUUUCAAUGACUUUUCCAAUUCCCGAAUAAUUUUGAACCCCAACCUGCCGUUACACUUGCAUUCAGGGUUUCCAAACUAUAAGCCGUAUAUUUUCCGCGUACGGAAAAGCAUACAUUUCUAUACAGUACUAAGAGGAGACCAUAUGUGGUUCAUAAAAUUUAGCAGCGGAUUUGAGCCGUAUUGUGAACCUUACAAACCACAUUGCUAAAUCAGAGACAUGACGUUUUAUGAAGGGCCAUUUCACGGUAUCAAAAAAUCUCACAAUUAGAAACUUUUCAAAACCAAAUUAUACCCUUCUUUCGAGUGUAAAAUUGGAAGAAGACGUACAUUUCUACUGAAUGAGUAAAAUAAUGAGUAUUUUUAUGUAUGCUUUCCAUGAAAUGUAAUUGAAUCUAUAAGGGCAUCGAAAAUCAAUGAGAUAAUGCGCUACAUGAUGAUUAGUUUUACAACCCUACUUAACUAAUAUUUUGGGAACGAAAACGCAUUUCGGAAUUUCGAUCGACAUUUCAUGAGUUAGCCCACCUACUGUAUAUCAUCACAGGAAUGUCUUCGGAUCCUGCGGGCACGAACGCGAAUGCACUGGAUUAUAAGGGUCUCCUGACAGCCAUUCAGUAUAAAUUAAUUGCGAAAUUAUUCGGUCUCGAAUUACUUUUUUCCUCCGUGUUGUUUUUCUGGGACGCCGGUUUUUUUGCCACCAAGGAUUGCAAUCGCUUCUUUCUUUUUUUUUAACUUCAGAACUACCAAAAUGGCCUAAAGAGGACAAUCAUACGCAUUCGGAGAAGGUGCCUUGUUUGA